AUGUCCAUUCCACCCGUCCAGCUUCGAGAUACUAUAGAAAAAACUGCACGUUAUGUGCUUAAGAACGGUGCUGGCUUUGAAGAAAGACUAUUGAAGAACGAUACCGACGAUAAGUUCUCUUUCCUCAAGCCUGACAAUCAGUACCAUGAAUACUAUAAGGCUCUGCUUACCAAGCCUAAAACACCAGAAACUGAAGAGAAAACAGAGAAGGUCGAAACGAAACCUCUAGAAAAACCCGAUGAACUACGUUUUCUUGCUGACCUACCGCCUAUCCUGUCGUUUGACCUUGAGGUUGUGAAGCUUACUGCACUCUAUGUGGCUUGCAAUUCAAACAGACAUAUCGAUGCACUUUACAAGUAUAUGGAACAACGUGGGAAUAGAAGCCAAUUUGCAUUUUUGAAACGUUCACACCUGGUUCAUGCGUUGUUUAUGAAAUUGGUGAAACAGUACCAGACAGUGAUUAACUUGGUGGAAGAUCCAGAGAAAGACCACCAGUCAAAAAAGAUUCUUGAAAGCAUAUCACAGGAGAAACCUGACUUGUUUCAGAAAGCAUAUAACCGGGCUGUCUAUGAACAGAAGCAUAAGAUCGAGAAAAAGACCGAAGAAACAGAAAGAAAGAAUAAACAACUACAUUAUGCUUCUAUCGACUGGCAGAACUUUACACUAGUGGCAAAGGUCAAUUUUGAUGCUGUUGACGAAGUUUCUGAGCUUGCUGUGCCGUUAUCAAGAGAUGAUAUCAUGUAUAGAUCCUUGCAAGCUCGUUCAAAGGAGAUCGAAGUUCCAACGGCAGCACCAAAGAAAGAACCAUCAGUUGAAGUUCCAGAGCAAAAUGAGGAUAAGGAGCAAGAGAAAGAAAAGCAGCCAGAGGAAGCAAAACCACAGCCAAAGGUACCAAAGGGCAUGAAGAUUAAAGCUGCAGGUGAAUCAAGGCUCAAACGUAAGAAUAAAGAGUCUACACCAGGUGCACAGAGAACGAUCAAGUGUCCUAUUACAGGAAAGCAAAUACCCGAGCAAGAGUUUGACACUCAUUUACGAGUGCUUCUUCGGGACCCACGGUACCAGGAACAGAAGAGCAAUUUCAUGAAGAAGAACUUCACGUAUGAGUCGAACCUCACCACUGAUCAGGUUUACGAGAAUAUCAAGCGGCUUGUGAAGAAGCGUGAUUUAUCUGAGGAGGAAGAGGAGCAGCAAAAACGUAAGAAGAUUGACGUGAAAUGA